AUGGGCUCCCAAAAAAGCAUUCGCCGUCCGAAUCCGAUGCUAUCGGACAGCAUCUUCAAGAUGCUGCAAAUGCACGGCAAGGUCACUAUCAUCACGGGCGGCGCUGGCGGCAUCGGCUAUCAGGUGGCUCGAAGCCUAGCGGAGGCCGGUUCCAAUAUCGCUCUCUGGUAUCACAGCUCACCUCAUGCCGAGAAGCUGGCAGCCGAGUUGGAAGGGGACUUUGGGAUUAAGGCGAAGGCGUACAAAUGUUCCGUCCAGAACUUCAACGAGGUUCAAUCCGCAACAGAUGCAGUCAUGUGUGACUUUGGUCGACUUGAUGUAAUGGUUGCGAACGCAGGUAUACCUUCCAAGGCAGGCGGACUGGACGAUAAAUUGGAAGACUGGCAACGGGUGGUAGACAUCGAUUUCUCUGGUGCAUAUUAUUGCGCUCGCGCUGCUGGCCAUAUCUUCCGCAGUCAAGGUCAUGGCAACAUGAUCUUCACGGCGUCGAUGUCAGGUCAUGCUGCAAAUGUUCCUCAGCAACAGGCUUGCUAUAAUGCUUGCAAAGCUGGAAUUAUCCACCUGGCAAAAUCACUCGCCGUGGAGUGGGCUGGCUUUGCUCGCGUUAACUCUGUCAGUCCUGGCUACAUCGACACUCCAAUUAGCGGAGAUUGUCCAUUUGAAAUGAAGGAGGAGUGGUAUAGCCUAACUCCUUUGAAGCGGGAUGCAGACCCUCGCGAACUAAAGGGUGCCUAUCUAUAUCUUGCCAGUGACGCUAGCACUUAUACAACAGGCUCGGAUAUUGUUAUUGAUGGUGGGUAUACCUGUCGAUAA